AUGCCUAUCUCAAUCACCCUCUCUGGCUGCCGUUCUCAUCAUCCACGGCAUGCGAAAGCACUUGCCGCCGCCAAGUCCGCCGCGUCGCGCCCUCAACAUUCGAAGCAUCCCAAGUCCCGCUCGAACAAGCAGGGUAUCACUGUCGUUGUCAAUGUCUCCACGUCGGACGACGAAGAUGAAGAUGAUCUUGUGGACGCACCCUCCUGCGACGGCAACGACUCCGCUGUGGAACAAGAUCUCAGCCAAAAGCGUGAUGGUAACGGCAGACGUGAUAGUGUUUUCUCGGCCGAUAGCGAUGAAGAUCGUGGGGACGCCGGCGUUGCUGGAGCAGGCUCCUCCACUGGACCCGAUAUGACUCGCGACGCUACCCGUGAUGAUCAUACCACCGCUGCUGCUCAUCUCAAUGGCCAUCGGCGUCCCGCUGCAUACUCAUCCUCACCUAAUUGGGAUGCCGACGACUAUAGCGAAGUGUUCCCCAAGUCCAUGCCGAUUACCGCUGGCUGCUUCGCCGACAAAGAAGACUAUGUUUAUCCCGAAGAUUAUGAACACGGCCACGAAGCGGUCAAGGUGGCGCUCGAGCGCAUGGCUUACAUCAGUAACCCUCGCAACCUCGCGGAAGAGGUUGAUUGUAAGAGGAAAGCAGUAGCGGCCUUGCAUGGUGUAAUCUAUUCGAGGGGCCUUGCAUGGGCUGAGGCUGGCAGCUGCCCUCAGAAGCUUUGUGACCUUAUUGUUGAAGACUUCGCACAGUCUUGUCAAUACGGUUCCACACACGAGCUCAGAGCCGCCAUCAUGGCAUCUACCGGACGCAUUCCCGAGGCUGAAGGCAUUGCGCCCGAGGCCAAGCCCCUGAGCGAGCAGGAGAGCAAGUUAUUGGCCCGUUUGAUUUGCCGGGGAGACAUCUUGCGUUAG